AUGUCUGCCAUAAAAAACGCGGUCACGUAUUACUUUGCCAUCGUAUCAUUAUUUUCUGCAGUUUUUUUGUCAAUCAUUGGUCUUAUGUUAUUAUAUGAUUCCGAUUCGCUAGAAUUACAUGGAGACAAAUCAGAAAAGGUCAAGCCUUCAUUUAUUUGUGCAGGGGUAUAUUUUUGCAUAUUAGUAGUUAGUAGCAUUAUGAUAAUUAGAAAUAAUCACAAAGCCAAAAAAUAUCAAACCAAAACCAUAUAA